AUGGAUCCUGCUUCUACCUCCCCGGUGUUGCACCGGAAGAUUUCCAAACGGCUACAGUCGUUUUUUUAUUUGGUGCAGGGGAGUCUUCUGAAAGUCAAAGUUAACAAAUUAACCUCUACAAAAACACAAUUACCCUAUUCCUACUAUUCCCUUCCCUACUGUAAGCCAGAAAAAAUUGUGGACAGUGCAGAGAAUCUUGGGGAAGUUCUUCGGGGAGAUCGUAUUGAGAACUCACCUUAUGAGUUUCAAAUGCGAGAACCAAAAAUGUGCAACAUUGUAUGUCAUAUGACACUGAAUGCGAAAACUGCAAAGGAAUUUAAGGAAAAGAUAGAUGAUGAGUACCGGGUGAACAUGAUUUUGGAUAAUCUUCCUCUGGUUAGGCCCAUCCAAAGAACUGAUCAGAAUUCCAUUGUAUAUCAGCAUGGCUUUUUCGUUGGUCUUAAAGGACAGUAUGCUGGAAGCAAGGAUGAGAAGUAUUUUAUCCACAACCACUUAACAUUCACGGUUAAGUUUCACAAGGACGCACAGACUGAAUCUGCAAGGAUUGUAGGAUUUGAAGUCAAACCAUUCAGUGUUAAACAUGAGUAUGAAGGCAGCUGGAAUGACAAGGUCCGCCUUACAACAUGUGAUCCCCAUGCAAAACGCACUGUUACCAACAACGACUCUCCCCAAGAGGUCAAAGAUAAGGAGGAAGUUAUCUUUUCUUAUGAUGUUGAGUUCCAGGAGAGCGAAGUCAAGUGGGCAUCUAGAUGGGAUACCUAUCUUCUGAUGGCUGAUGAUCAAAUUCACUGGUUCUCGAUUGUCAAUUCUCUGAUGAUUGUUCUCUUCCUUUCUGGCAUGGUCGCAAUGAUUAUGCUGCGGACACUUUACCGUGACAUCUCGCAGUACAACCAGUUAGAGACUCAGGAAGAAGCUCAAGAAGAGACAGGAUGGAAACUCGUUCAUGGGGAUGUUUUUAGGCCUCCAACAAAUUCAGAUUUGCUCUGUGUUUACGUUGGGACAGGUGUUCAGUUUUUAGGAAUGACACUAGUCACCAUGAUGUUUGCGGUCCUUGGAUUCCUCUCCCCUUCAAACCGAGGGGGGUUAAUGACUGCCAUGCUUUUACUUUGGGUCUUCAUGGGCCUGUUUGCUGGGUACGCCUCGGCCCGUCUCUACAAGAUGUUCAAGGGAACAGAGUGGAAGAAAAUAUUUCUCCGCACGGCUUUUACAUUUCCGGGAAUCAUCUUUGCGAUUUUCUUUGUAUUGAAUGCUCUUAUUUGGGGUGAGAAAUCUUCAGGGGCAGUGCCAUUUGGAACCAUGUUCUUGUUGGUAGUCAUGUGGUUUUGCAUCUCUGUUCCACUUGUUUGGUUUGGUAGUUAUAUUGGGUUUAAGAAGGCAGCGAUUGAGGAUCCUGUGAAAACUAAUAAGAUUCCAAGGCAAAUACCUGAACAAGCCUGGUACAUGAAUCCGGUAUUCUCUAUCCUGAUUGGAGGCAUACUGCCGUUCGGUGCUGUUUUUAUUGAGCUCUUCUUCAUCCUCACCUCGAUCUGGUUGAAUCAGUUCUACUACAUUUUCGGUUUCCUGUUCAUUGUUUUUGUCAUCCUAAUUGUCACUUGUGCCGAGAUCACAAUUGUGCUCUGUUAUUUCCAGCUGUGCAGUGAGGACUACCUUUGGUGGUGGAGGUCAUACCUUACUUCAGGGUCCUCAGCACUAUAUCUCUUCCUCUAUGCAGCAUUCUAUUUCUUCACAAAGCUCGAGAUCACAAAACCCGUGUCUGGCAUUUUGUACUUUGGGUACAUGUUGAUUGCCUCGUAUGCUUUCUUCGUGCUCACUGGUACCAUUGGCUUCUACGCAUGUUUCUGGUUCACGAGGCUUAUCUACUCGUCCGUGAAGAUUGACUAAGUGGUAAAUGUAAGCUACCCAUUUUACAUCUAGACUCACUGCUUGGUUUAAGUUCUAAAUCUUUAACCAUAGAAAUGGCUUGUUCCUCAUUUUUUUUUUUUUUUUUUUUUGAAUUUCUAAGUUCUGUAUUGUGACAUUUGGGAGGAUUUUCUCAGGCAAUUUCUUGUCGUUGAUUCCAACCUGUUUUAUAAGUGAUGAAAGGAAUUUUUGUAUUGAAAUUUAUAAUGCGUAAAUUAGUCCCAGUGAAGGUAGUGGUUCGUUCAUGGUUUCGUCCUUUUGCUUUUUAAGCAUUUCAUUCUUCUCUUUUGAAGUAUCGGGAUGAGAACAUCAGUG